AAGAGAACACAAAUGGUCACACAUGGAAGUUUUCAGGCGUGAAUCAAAAUGAUUCGACCAACGGGAAUUUGAUAUUAGUUAAACGAGAUCAAAACCCACCGCCAAGAUGUUUUCAAGGCUUCCGCGGUACUUUGACUCGGUAGCGGAGAGAGCAUAUGACAAUGACAUGAAGGGAGUGAAACUGAUAAGUCGCGAGGAGGCCAGAGCGAUGCAACGGAAGUUCAUACAUACCUGGAGACCGGAGGAAGACACGCGUCCCUUCCGCUACGGCACACCGAUCCUAGCGGUCCUGUCGUCGCUCGGUGGCAUACUACUUCAGGCUCACUACCGGAAAGCCUUCCUGCUGGGAAGCCACGGCCUAAUAUCGACCUACCUGCCUGCGGCCGCUCUCCCGGGGAUAACGACUGGCUUGUUUCAGUAUCAGUUUGUGACGAUGGACAUCCUGACCGGCGCGACGCCGUGCCCCACGUGCGUCGAGAUCCGAUCGGCAACCUACCAGCUGAUCCUCGGCAUCAUCUAUCCGAUGGUUCUGACUCCUGUGGCGGCGGCGUUUGUUGCCGGAAAGUACUAUACCUAUCCAAUACCAGAAAUGCGGCAGUACAAAUCGGUUAUCGACCUGUGGAGGCAGACGACGUUUCCUCUGAGCCGCCCCCUCGCGUUGAUGGCAGGAAUUCAGAUUGCGGCUGCGUUAAUGACAACCUAUAAGCAGGGCAAAGCCAUGGAUAUAAUUCAAGAGAAGAUAUUGAAGAUGGAGAGGGAAGAGGGGGAACCUCAGCCGUUUGUAAACUUGCAAAUUGAUUUGUGAUCAAAUUUGCAGUGUGAUGGCCACUUUAAGUGGUGCUUAGGUAUUGGAGCUCUGUUACGUACUGUAGUAUACCACACACUGUGUGGUGUGCCCACAGCUCAUAGCAGAAUCAGAUUGUAGUAAAGGGAUUAGCAUCUUCACACUAUUUAUAAAAGUGUCAUUACCAUGCCAAAAUGUCAAUAUGUGUCAGGAUACGAAUGAAGUCAUCUUCAUAAUAUCAUUCAAGGAAUUUGAUUCUAGUUGUGUAUUACUAUUAGGAGUAUUAACAACUGUAGUAAUUCCCUGAGCCGAAAGCGCACAUUCUGUUUAGAGUUGUCAUUCAUUAUAGGUAAUAAGUUUUUCUCAUGUACUCUGGUAGUAUUUGCUGAGUAAUGUAGGAGGAAAAGCUAACAUCCUAAUGUUACAUUGUAAUUGUUCAAAUGUGUAAUGUUAAUUCAAUAAAAUAACCAGUGUUAACAACUAA